AUGAACCAGUUUCACGACCCAGUGAACAAGCUACCUCCUGAGCUCGUCUCGCGCGUUUUCACAUUGUGCAUGUUCGCAGGGGAGGAACCCCUGCCGUACUACCCAUUCCUCAACCCCUUGCCCUACGUUACCCAACCUCCGCUCCUUCUCGGGACCGUUUGCAAGAGAUGGCGCGACAUCGCUUGGUCGACGCCCCGACUUUGGACAAGACUUAACCUCUACCUCGACCCAAGCAUCGUCGAUUGGCAGACGCUGAUGACGCAGGAGUGGCUUGCACGAUCGGGCUCCCUCCCGCUCUCAAUCCGCUUGCACUCCCGAGGCGAGCGGGAUUUGUCGUCCUCUGCUGACCUUUUCCGUCCGUUGAUGUAUCUUCUCAGCCGGCAAUCUGCUCGUUGGAGAGACCUCAAGGUAGCCCUUCCGCAUUCUUUGGUGGCGCUCCUGCGAGGAGAUUUGCACGGUGUCUCUGCUUUGCAAACCAUCCUGAUCAAAAAUACCUCCGGAUUCAGGACAGAACGGAGCGAAGGAUCCUUUCACCUUGGGCAGACAGCUCCUUCUCUUAUUUCGGUUGAAGUCAAGACUUUUUACUUUCGGUCGGUGGGGAUCGAUUGGCGACAUGUGAAUACAGUGAGGCUUGGGGAGGUGUUCGUGGACGAAUGCCUGCAGCUAUUCCAACUCGCCUCUUCAAUGGUCACUUGUGAAUUCUCCUUGGUUGUCGAGGGUAGCGGAGGAUUCGGCAUCCCUGUUGACACUGUUGUCUCCCAUAGUGUGCAGAGAUUGGUCAUCUGUUCCUUUGUUGUCGAGGGCGGUUUAAUCAACGACAUCCUGUCCUUCUUGACGCAGUCCUCAUUGAUGCCACCGAAGACGAAUUCAUCCGACUCUUACGCCACACCGCACCUCAAGAUACUUCGGGUCUUCCACCUUAACAUCGAGAAUCACUUCUUAGAUCUUCUCGCGACUACGGCGCUCUCGAGCACUGAUGAACAGGGUGAAAGUCGUCGAUUUUUACCCCAUCUUGGGGAUUUGUCGUUAUUCGGUGGUCGAGACUAUUUGCUCAAGAAUCUUCCCCGGAUAUUUGCAUCAGGACCGCAGUCACAGAAGCAACUCAGACGUCCUUGGGAGAUGAUGGAAAUCGGAUUUUACUGGCAUGAAGAUGUGGGAUUCAUCGAUCAAGAUCUCCUUAAAGAGCUUCUCGAAAUCAUAGACCGCGGAAUCGACCUGAAGAUUACCAACGAAGAGACUGGGGCAAACCUCAUCGAGCGUUCGCAGAGGCAUCACGGAAUGCUAGACACUGAAGACGAGGAAGAUGGCAUGACGGAUGACCCUUCAGAUGACGAGAAUCCAUGA